GCCCAAUCACAUGGCCAAUCGUUUCUUUUCUACCACCAUACUUGAUGAUACCAGUAUCCUUGUCGGCGUAUAUCCAGUUGAGCAUGGGCGGAUCAAUCGAUAUUGUGCUCACGAGCCCCUUGUGUUGCUCCUCGCUUGGCCGUGAAAAUGUCCCUUCAUGUUCGGCCUGGGUUUUGACCAGUAACCCUUUUUGGUCCUUGUUCGCCGGUACGUGUCGA